CGAUUUCUUACCAUGAAGACCUUCGCCAGCGUCAUCUCCGUUCUUUUGUUCGCCAGCGCCGUUGUUGCUGCACCCACUGGGCUAACCACGGCCGAUCAGGUCGAGCCUCCCAACCAAUGGGCCAAAUUCGAGAAGCGCGACGUUGCCACGAGCGACGCCGUUUCGGCACCCCAAAACUGGGGAGGGUUGGAGCAAAAGCGUGAAGAAGCCUCGAAGAGCGAUGCCGUUGUGGCGCCCCACAACUGGGGAGGAUUUGAGCAGAAGCGUGAAGAGGCUUCGAAGAGCGAUGUCGUUGUGGCGCCCCACAACUGGGGAGGAUAUGAGCAGAAGCGUGAAGAAGCCUCGAAGAGCGAUGCCGUUGUGGCGCCCCACAACUGGGCAGGAUUUGAGCAGAAGCGUGAAGAGUCCGGGACCAGCAAGACCGACGCUGCAUUCACACUGAUCAAGUGGAAAGACUUUGAUGAGAAGCCCACUUCCAAGGUAAUUUGACCGCAGGAACGUGAGGUUCGGGUGCCUUCUUGUGAAUUCCUCCAGAUCAUUAUCAGAGUGUUCCAGUACAGCGGCGGGUUCAGAUAGAAGUCGAAUGAGGUGGCCAGUUUUCUUUUUGUAUUGUGUACAUUGUAAGAAGGUGUUUUAGUGUGUGACGUCUUGGAAAUCGAAGCGGACGUUGAACAAAGUUUAUUGUUCUUAACGGUUUGCUGUAGUUUGACAA